GUGGUGAUUUAUUUAAAAAAAAGAAACCAUAACCUAAAUCUUGGUUUAUUUUCUGUUUCCGAGAUCGGGGAUUUAUUUGUUUGUGUUGGUUUGUGGAUAGAAGUAGAAGUGCUAAAGUUUAAUUUCAACAAUAAAUUAAAGCCGUGCCACCUGUGUUUUGUACUGUGUGUUAAAAAUGGCAGACUCCGUUAAUAUGUCUUUAGAUGAAAUAAUUCAGAAAAACAAACAAAAUCGCGCAAGCCGGUCGCGCGGUCGUGGCGGUGGGUCUGUUCAGAGCCGUGGUAAUAUGCGCGGAGGGGGCCGAGGCGGCGGUGGUGGCGGCAGAGGCCGAGGCCGUGGACGCGGACGUGGUCGCGGAAGGUCUCUGUCGAGGUCUGGCACACCCGGACUUGGGCAAGGCAGGUCGCGAUCCCGCUCCCGAGGCCCUGGGGGUCGCGCUCAGUCCCGCUCCCGCUCAGGCUCACAAGCGCGCUCCCGGUCGCGUCAGCAGCGUCGCUCCAUGUCACGCGCGAGGUCCGCAUCCAGGUCGCGCUCUCAACUGCGAGGCCUGACUCCGAAGGGCAGAGCAGGCUUGGAAGAACAGCAAUAUGAUAUGCCUCCGUUGGUUAGAAACGGAAAUUUCAGAGGUGGUUGGCAAAACAGGCUACGUCGUUCUAAUUCUAACCCAAACCUACGUACUGGUAUACAUAGCAGACUAGGAAUUAAUUCCAACCGCGGAGCUGCAAAUAAUCGUAGACCUUUGGCUGUAGCUAAAAGAGGAAUAACUAAACGAGGCAGAGGCUUAAGUACAGCCAACCGGUACAGUGCUGUGGGAUUGCGAUCUGAUCAAAUUCUGAAAGAGCAACGUCAGAACUAUAUCAUCCAGAAAAAUACUAUAAAAUCCCAGACAUUUACAAGGUCCAGGAAUAAUUCUUUCAAUAAUGCAUCUCAGCUCACAGUCAGUGUUGCUAAUGAUUUUGCAAAGAGGCGCCGUAACAGUGUGGGCAGUGCUGGAUACUUGAAUAAACAAAGCCUUGCUAAGCUUAAUAACCAGUUUGGAGGAUAUAAUACUAGAAGAGGUCCAGGCAGUGUUAAAUCUAUGGGAUCAAACAGGUCUAACAGAUCCAAUAGGUCAAGUCGCUCCAACCAGUCAAAUGCAAGCAGAAGGUCCACCCGAUCUCGUGGUAGAGGAAGAGGUGCAGGUCGUGGGAUUGGCCGAAAGUUUGUCAACAAACAAGUGCUCAAUCCCAAAUUGCAAAAAGAAAUAGCUGCUUUACAAGGAAAGGUUUAUGGUGACAAUACACAAGAAGCACCUGGUGGGGUAGUGCACUUUACACCCACACCUGCAUCUACUGGUCAAACUUUACAUCAAAGAUUUGCUAGUACAUAAUUGAUCGUUUAUUACAUCAUUGAGAUUACUUUUUGAAGUACAUAAUGUAUGAAACUGUGUUUGUUCUAACUUUGACUAAGUUUAUUUAUGUGACAAGUUCUAGUGGUGUUAUACAGUAUUAAAUUGUUGACACAGUGCAAUCUCUUUUGUAA